AUGUUGCUGAGCUGGCAGUCCCUCUGCACAUUCUGCAGUAACUGCAGUGACAGCAGCUAUAUAAACACCCCAUAUUGGACCGACCCCCAACGUUAAUUACGCCAAAACUCUCCCACAAACUGCAUUAGCUGGAGAGAGCAGACAGGUGGCCAUCAUGAAUCAGCGAGAGCAGAUGGAGCAGCAGGGGCAGUGGAGGAUCACAGUGUGGGAAGAGGAAAACUUCCAGGGCAAGCGCUGUGAGUUCAUGCUGGAGUGCCCAAACAUUCUGGACAGGGAUUUCCAAAAGAUUCGCUCUAUCAAGGUGGACAAUGGCCCCUGGGUGGGUUAUGAGUACCCAGAGUAUCAGGGUCAGCAGUUCAUCUUGGAGAAGGGAGAUUAUCCCUGUUAUCAGGCCUGGAGCGGAAACAGCAGCUACCGCACUGAGCACCUGCUUUCCUUCAGACCCAUCAAGUGUGCUAACCACAGUGACAGUAAAAUUACCCUGUACGAGUGUGAGGACAUGAUGGGACGCAAGUUCGAGAUGUGUGAUGACUACCCCUCUCUUCAAGGCAUGGGCUGGUGCAGUAAGGAGGUUCCUUCUUUGAAAGUCAACUCUGGAGCCUGGGUGGGCUACCAGUUUCCAGGUUACCGUGGAUACCAGUAUAUCUUUGAGAGAGACAGACGUCAGGGAGAAUACAGGAAAUAUUAUGAGUAUGGCACCCAGGCCCACAGCAAUCAGAUCCAAUCAAUCCGCAGAAUUCAGCACUAAGUCCGCCCCCACUCUUCUCCCAUUGGCUACUGUGUAUCAAGUGACAGCAUGAUAUUGAGACAAAUCAGGCAAUAAACGCUUUUUCAAACUCCAGAAAAAA